AUGACAACCUUGAUUACACCUCCAAGAUCACCCAUGGCCGGCGAUAAGGCGACCUCAGUCGAAAGCAAGCACACGAGAGCAGUCGUCCCGGUAAAUAGUACCGCAGACAUCUUGAGAGCUACUGAUACGUUAGCUAAGGCUUUCAAGAACUGUCCAGCGAAUGACUAUCUCAUGAAGAAGUUCUUCAAUCUGAAGAUUGAUGAACAUGUCUCGAAGGCGAGGAUUAACUCUAUUUUGAGCUAUUUUAAUGCGCUUUAUAUGGAUAAAGGCGGGGAGAUUGUUGAGGCCAACGAUUUCGACGCCGUCGCCGUAUGGACCGCGCCAGGUAAGCACUUUCACCAAGACGAAACCAACGAUGCGAAGUUCAACAAGGUCUUUUUCGAUGAUCUCUACGAGGUUAGGAAAAGAGUUUUGCCCUCUGGACUUGACUGUUACUACCUUUUCAUAAUCGGCAAGGAUUUGACCAAACCAGAAGUGAGAGGCUCCGUUAGAGCUAUUUUUGAUGAAUACAAGCGUCUGGCUGACGAACGAGGUGUCGCUUUGGUACUUGAAGCUAUCUCUGACCGCGCUAAGUCUGUUUAUGAGUACUUUGGGUUCAAGAACUAUUACACCUUCCAUUUCGGUGAAGGAGAAGUUGACUCCGAAGGUCAUGUGGAUCCAAAUGGGAAAGGAUUUGUCGGAUACUUGAUGAUUUACUACAAAGACGAGUUACCAGGUGCUAUUGAGAACUAG